GCUUGUUUCCACGACGACAACAUGGGAGCAGUGGUGGGCACACUGACCAUGCAGACCAAACAGAGGCGACCAUCCAGAGAUAAGUUGGAUGAUGAUUUGGAGAUGACAAUGGUGUGUCAUCGUCCAGAGGGUUUGGAUCAGCUGGAAGCUCAGACCAACUUCAGCAAGAGAGAGCUGCAAGAACUCUAUAGGGGGUUUAAAAAUGAAUGUCCUAGUGGGGUUGUCAAUGAAGAGACAUUUAAACAGAUUUACUCACAGUUCUUUCCUCAGGGGGACGCCAGCACAUAUGCUCACUACCUGUUUAAUGCCUUUGACUCGGAACACAACGGCUCCAUCAAGUUCGAGGACUUUGUUACAGCUCUGUCCAUCUUGUUAAGAGGUUCUACACAGGAGAAGUUGCAGUGGACGUUCAACCUGUACGACAUCAACCGAGAUGGCUACAUUAACAAGGAGGAGAUGACAGAUAUAGUGAGUGCUAUCUAUGACAUGAUGGGGAAAUAUACGUACCCCGCUCUGAAGAUAGACACGCCCAAACAGCACGUGGAUGCUUUCUUUCAGAAAAUGGACAAAAACAGAGAUGGAGUUGUCACUCUUGAUGAGUUCAUUUUAUCCUGUCAAGAGGAUGACAACAUCAUGAGAUCUUUGCAGCUCUUUGAGAAUGUGAUAUAAAAGAAGCACAGGACUGAAGGAGGAGACACAGGCAGAAAGCAAAGCAAAGAAGACUGAUUUGAUUUCCAGGAACGUUUACAGCUACUUUGUUCAAGAAGGAGAGUGACAAGAAGCUACACCAUCUCAUGCCCAUCAUAUCACCAUGGAAACUGUAGCUUCUUGUAGCUGGACAUCAGUGCAACACCACUAUGUGCAUAGCAACACUAUGUGCUGAGCAUGGUAAUAUAUAUUUUUCAAUUGUUAUCCAGCAACACGGAUUCAUGACCUUUGGAAACCAGCAUUGUCCUUGUUCCGCUUCUUAGCCACAUGUGCUCAACAUGUUUCAUGCUUACAAAUUUGCAACA